AUGGCUGGUCCUGUUGUCCUGGGACUGAUCAAAGUGGCUGUGGUGGGUGGUGUGACAGAAACUGGGAUGUCCCGCAUGCCCAGGAGGCGCAGGAUAUCCUUUCUCUCUCUUUAUUUGGAUUUUAUAUUUCACAUGGACCCUUAUCUGGGCAUCUUCUUCCUCACUCCCUUCUUCCAAUCCUGCUGUGCCUGGUCAGUGAAUAAUUUCCUGAUGACGGGCCCCAAGGCCUAUCUCAUCUACUCCAGCAGCGUGGCGGCCGGGGCCCAGAGCGGCAUCGAGGAGUGCAAGUUCCAGUUCGCCUGGGACCGCUGGAACUGCCCCGAGAGGGCCCUGCAGCUCUCCAGCCAUGGCGGGCUGCGCAGUGCAAACCGAGAAACCGCCUUCGUCCACGCCAUCAGCUCCGCCGGCGUCAUGUACACGCUGACCCGCAACUGCAGCCUGGGGGAUUUUGACAACUGUGGCUGUGACGACUCCCGCAACGGACAGUUGGGGGGGCAAGGCUGGCUGUGGGGAGGCUGCAGCGACAACGUGGGCUUCGGGGAAGCCAUUUCCAAGCAGUUUGUGGAUGCCCUGGAGACAGGACAAGACGCCAGAGCUGCUAUGAACCUGCAUAACAACGAGGCGGGUAGAAAGGCGGUGAAAGGGACCAUGAAGAGGACUUGCAAGUGCCACGGCGUGUCGGGGAGCUGCACCACCCAGACCUGCUGGCUGCAGCUGCCCGAGUUCCGGGAGGUGGGCACCUACCUCAAGGAGAGAUACCACAAAGCCCUGAAGGUGGACUUGCUGCAGGGGGCAGGCAACAGCGCUGCCAGCCGGGGCGCCAUCGCCGAGACCUUCAGCUCCAUCUCCAAGAAGGAGCUGGUCCAUUUAGAAGACUCUCCCGACUACUGCCUGGAGAACAAGACGCUGGGGCUGCUGGGGACGGAGGGCAGGGAGUGCCUGAAGAGGGGCAAGGCCCUCAGCAAGUGGGAGAAGCGGAGCUGCCGGCGGCUGUGCGGGGACUGUGGGCUGGCCGUGGAGGAGAGGAGAGCUGAGAUGGUCUCCAGCUGCAACUGCAAGUUCCACUGGUGCUGCGCCGUGCGGUGCGAGCAGUGCCGCAAACGGGUCACCAAGUACUUCUGCGUCCGCAAGGAGAAGCGGGAGAGGAGCGGGGGCGGCGGCGGGGCCAACCGCAAGCUCAAGAGAAAGCUCUAACUCCCCUCUCCUUCCUCCCUUUGGUCCUCUCUCUCUGCCCUUCUCCUCUCCUGCCCUUCCCCGUCCACCCCCGGC